UCCCAGCGCAUCCCAUGGAGGCCUUGUCGUUCUCUGGACCAAUGGGCACCACGCUCACCAUCUCUCCGAUCACGGCCGACGUCCACAGAGACGGAGAUGUUCGCCCCGUGUCUGUGGAGUGCAGGGCUAACGUUACGGGCAGAUUAGGUCCAGGACUUGGCAAUGCUACGCUCCCUAUUUUGUACGACGUUUGUGCUGAUGCUGAUGUGUGUCAACGAGUAUUCUUGCAUCCACCAGGUUCAUCCGACUGCGUUUUUCCAACGUCUGGUACUCCGUUCUGCCAGUGUCGCCAGAACUCUGCCGGUAGAGGCUGCAGGAUUGUGGAUGGCUGCAGGGGUGAUAUUAGCUUCGCUGACGCAUCGCGUUCAUCCUUACUCUUCCCAUCGACCCUUUCGUCAGUAAAGGCUCUGGAGUGUAUAUUUGGAAUGGGAUGCAGCCUAAACGCAACUGCUCUAGUGUUCCAAUGUACUGAAUCGACCAGUAACACUGUCGCGCCCAACCUCACUGUCGCGCCCAACCUCACUGUAGCGCCCAACCUCACUGUCGUGCCCAGCCGCACUUCGUUGCCGGCAGGAGUGUUCCAAUGCAGUGGAUCAGCCAGUAACGCUGUCAUGGUCAGCUACAGAUCGUUGCUAAUAGUGAUGGUUGGCAUGGUGGUCGGCAGACGACUCCUCAUCUAACGCGCAUCUACCUCAACUUCUCACGGUGUAAAACUUGUACUAGCCUACAUUUGCAACUGACCAAUCCCCAUGUACAUGACCCUCACAUACAACAGCAUCCCUUUAGAUUAGGGUCAGUUUAGGAAGCAUCCCCUUUGCUUUCUUUUUUAGGGAAAAAU